ACAGUCUCAACUUGAGAGCCUGCAGCAAGACUGACCAUUUUGCUGCAUGCUCUCCACGUGCUCACUACUCCAGCAAACUCGCAAUAUUUCCUAAAAAUCGGACCGUCUUCUUCUUGACGUCAUUUAUUGAAUCUGUUUAAUUUGAAUGCAAUUGAAAAGAAUCUAGUUGAAAGCUCAUUUAUCACUUCACAUGUUAUGAUGGAGUGUCAAGAUCUGGAAUCGGAAGGGGUUGAAAUUAUUGUGGGUACUUAUGAAGAAUUCGUACUAGGUUACAAAUUAUCAGGUGACGAGAGUGAAGGUGAGGGUCGACAUAAGCUCAAGUUGACGCAGAGUUUUACAAACCAUUCCCACAGUGGAAGCAUACGAUCUGUUUCCGUCGCUGGAAAAUAUCUGGCUUCUGGUAGUGCAGAUGAAGCUAUUCGACUUAUUAACAUGGGAUUGAGAGUUGAACAUGGGUAUAUGCAGCAACAAUCAGGUACAAUCACCUGCAUCACUAAUUUUGGGUCGAAAUACCUCUUCAGUGGCAGCACUGAUGGAACAAUAUGCAUUUGGAAGUGUGGAAGUUGGAUAUGUGAAAAGACUUUGCACGCUCAUGUCGGAGGUGUUUUGGACGUCAGCAUCCAUCCCAGUGGGAAAUUGGCCCUAUCAGUUGGAAUGGAUAAAACUCUGAAAACAUGGAAUUUGAUUAAAGGACGAACCGGAUUUGUUACAAAUCUACAUGGUGUUGGCGAUGUAGUGAGAUGGUCACCUGAAGGAACUUACUAUGCUGUUGGGAUUUCCAAUCGACUUGAUGUAUACAAUGUGGAGACUGCCAAAGUAGUAUAUUCUGUGCCUUUUGGAAAGAGAGUUUCAUCGCUGUGCUUUCCAAAUGACGAUGUCGUGAUCAUGGCUGGCGAUAAAGAUACCGUAGAAGUUCACAACAUUACAAAGUCCAAAAAGUUGUCAGAAUUCAAGGCUCAUAAAGUUCGAGUGAAAGACAUGAGAUUCAUUGUGGAGCAUAAUUUACUCGUCACUGGUUCCAAUUGUGAUCAAUACAUUAAACUAUGGAGAUUCAAAGACGAGUCUUGCUCUACCUCACCUACCUUAGUGACCGAGUUGGAUACAACCUGUAGAAUCACAUGUCUUACAGUUUGGAGUAAAAGUAUUGCUAAAAGCCAAUCAGAUAUUGCCACUCCUGAAGUGGAAUCCAUAGAUAAGACUGCAAAAACUAACAAAAAUGAUGAAAUCUCUGAUGAUGAUGAGAAAGUCAAUGACGAGGAUGAUGAUGAAGAAUUAUCCAAACUUAGGACCUCAAAAGUGAAUAAAACUAAACUUGGGAAACUCGACAAAAAGUCAAAGAAGAACGUACGAACGUUGAAGGAGCAGGGCAAAAAACGUAAAGUUAAUCCGUCUGAAAGCAUGGUUCCCAACUCUAACAAGAAAUUGUUAGGUGGGAAGGAAACUAAAACGGUAGACGUAAAACAACAGUCAAAACCAAUUGCCGAGCCUCCAAAGAAAAAGAGAAAAACAAAAAAUUCUAAACCAUAAGUUGUUAUUAUUAUAUUUACUGAAAUAUAUAAUUUAUUGCGGCUUUUGAAAAUUUA